CAUCGAUAGGUAACCCUGGCUUUGGAUUUGGAAUAGGACGGAACAGGCCGUAAAAUAACUUGUUUGUUGGGAACUUGACCUAUCCAAGAGACGAAUAUCAUAUACCACACUAAUUCAUAUAAACCCUCAUUUCUAGGUUCGUUCGUUUGCAUUGUUGUUCCCUUCUUCUCCGUUCAACCUUAACCGAACCCUAUCUUGUGUGGAAUUGAAUUGAAUUGAUAUUAUUAUUUGGGGGAAGAGAAAGAUAGAAUAAUAAGAAGAAGAAAAGCGGGCACAAUUGUUGUAAUUGAACGAUGUCUGCUGCGGUGUGCGGAAGCAAGAGAUCUUUGUUCGAAGAGCUUCCACCUUCUCCGCCAGUAUCCAAGAGGCUCCGCUGUUCAUCUUCCCCAAUUCGCCUCUCUCUCCCUUCCCUCAUCGAUCACCUUCGCCCUCUAUUCCCUCAUAUGGAUGAUCAGAUCCUCGAGAAAGCCCUCCAAGAAUGUGGUAAUGACCUAGAUGCUGCCAUCAAGAGCCUCCACGGCCUCCGUCUGGGAUCUACCGAUGAUAAUUCUCAAGCUGCUCCUCAACCCCACCCUGAUGUCGUCCACACAGGAGCUUUGGAAGAGAAUGGAGAUGCUGCAUCUGCUUCUGGGGGUCAGCCGGCUGCAGACAACUUUCCUGCUGAUGGAGCUGAGUGGAUUGACUUGUUUGUCAGAGAGAUGACAUGUGCUACCAGCGUUGAUGAUGCCAGAGCUCGAGCUGCUAGAUUGCUAGAGGUUUUAGAGAAAUCUAUUAGUGCACACGCCAGUUCUGGGGCAACAACUGCCCUUCAAAGGGAAAAUUUGAUGCUGAAGGAGCAAAUUGAAGCCCUGACUAAGGAGAAAAAUUGUUUUAAAAGUGCUUUUAGAAUCCAGCUUGAACGUCUUUCCGAUUACGAUAGUAAAACCCAAGAGUUGCAGCAGUUGAAGCAGUUGGUGUCUCAAUAUCAGGAGCAGAUCAGAACUCUUGAGGUGAAUAACUAUGCUUUGCGGAUGCAUUUGAAUCAGGCACAACAGUACAACUCUUUUCCUGGGCGUUUCCCUCCUGAUGCCUUCUAGAGCGAUCUGUAUGUAGAAUAUUAAUUGAGGCAGUAAAAUAGCUGCAUUUGGUUAAUUAAUUAUCCCAGAGAAAAAUGCUUGUUGCAGUUGUGUUGCUCCUGUAGGUCAAGGAAUGGUAACUAUUCCCACAGUUCGGGGUUGAUUUGGAUAGAAUUUGACACUAUAGAUGAGAGUAUUCGUCAGUUAAUUCAAUUAUUUAUCACUACUUUAGCAUUGAGAUUUGAGUGUACUGUAAUUACUAAGAAUGCUAAGAUCACUUGAUGUACCACCACAACAGUUUACUGCCAAUUAUGUUUUAAAUUGAGUUUACUAUUUUCGAUUAUUACUAUUGCA